GGUAGAUACUACUAAUUUCUGAAGGAUCCUACUAUACCAAUCCUUCAAAAGCUACAAGAUGUCGAGUCUGCAUUCCAUCACCUGAAACCCUUUAAGGCAGGAUGAUAACGAUUCAAAACUCAAAGUUGUUACUGUAAGAUCGUUACCGAGAAAGACAAAUUGCCUCCCCUUUUUCACAUGCUCACAGACUUUCUAUCUUUGCCCCUCCGCCGCACUAUUUAGACCUCAAGUUGCACUCCCACAGCAGAUCUACGGACCAAAAACAAACAUGGCGGGUAGCGUUUUGAUCACCGGGGCUAAUGGAACCCUCGCUCUUCCUGCCGUAGACCAUCUUCUCAAGCACUACCCAGAAUACACAGCAAUCCUCACCGUGCGGGAUGCUUCGGAUGAUCCCAACACACGGAAGUUACGCGAAAUAAUAUUACGAUACCCAGAAGCAAAGGCGUCAAUCCAGCAGCUAGACCUUUCGAAUAUUUCAACCGUGCACGAUUUUUCAAGCACACUUUCUGCGGACAUUGCCGCUAAAAGGACCCCGCCCCUGAAAACUAUCGUAUGCAAUGCAUGUUACUGGAACCUUGUCGGCGACCCAGAGUUGACGGACGAUGGGUAUGAUAAGACCUUCCAGGUUAACCAUAUAUCUCACGUGGCCCUAGUACUUCGACUUCUCGACAGGUUUACCCCGGAUGGCGGCCGGAUUGUGAUGUUUUCUAGCGAGGCGCACGAGCCCGGUAGAGCUGUGCUGGAGAAGAUCCCACCUUCGAUCCCAGAUGAUCUCGACGAACUCGUCAAGCCGGUUGCUCACGAAGAUAAAAGAGGAGCCGGGUUUCAUAGAUACGGGAGCUCGAAGCUGGCCACCACCGCCUGGACGCAUGCGCUUAAUCGAUAUCUUGAAAAGGAUGAAAGUCUCAACAAGAUUACUGCCGUAGCCUAUAACCCAGGCGGUCUCGUAGACUCACGCAUGUUCCAGAAAAAUGUAUCCUCAUCGCUAUACAUGUUGAUGCGAUAUGCCGUCCAGCCCUUAUUACCGUUACUCAAGUAUCAGAAUCCGCAAAUGCGCUUGGGAGCUGAUUCUGGUGUAGAUGCUAUUGAGCUUGCACUUGAUCGCGUCCAUCCAGGAGAAAGGGGCUACUUCGAGUUGCUGGAGAAGGCCGAGAGCUCACCCGAGAGUCGGGAUGAAUCGAAACAAGAAAAACUGUGGAUCAAGAGCGCCGAGUGGGCAAGGAUAAGUAAAGAUAAUACUGCUCUUCGGGGCGCGUUUGAAUAGGCAAUUAGAAGCUCUUGACAAUAUCGUCAGAGUUGUGUGUUGUGGGUCCAUUAAGGGGUAUCGUGCGAUGGCAUCACGUCGGCUUUCUUUCCCUGGAAGGAU